CUGCCCCCCCCCUCGCGCGCUCCCCUCAGAGAGCCGUUGCCGCCAGCGCCUCUCUCUCUCUCCCUCAGGUGAAGAGGAUGGUGGCGGUUCCGCCGAGUCGCGCUCCUGAGCCCCUCCGCCCUCCAGCAGCUGCAUCGCACGGUCGCCACAACGCGGGGGAUUGAGAAUGUGCUAACAACAAUGCUAGGAUUACAAUGGGAAGUGUCACACUUCGCUACUUCUGCUAUGGCUGCCUCUUCACAUCUGUGACCUGGACACUUCUACUCUUUAUUUAUUUCAACUUCAGCGAAGAGACCCAGUCUUUCAAGAAUGUGCCCAUCAAGGGGCUUGAACCUCAGAAGCCAUUUCCUAAAAAGAUCUAUCCCCGUUUUGUCCAUGGGCCAGUACACGUACCUGAAGCUCACCACAGAUACAGUAAGAACAGGAAUCCAUUGGGAAAUGCUGCACAGGAUCCCAUCAAGGGGGAUACUGAUAUUUCUCCUGAAAUGGGUAUGAUUUUUAAUGAACAAGACCAGGAAGUGAGAGACUUGGGCUAUCAAAAGCAUGCUUUCAAUAUGCUCAUCAGUAACCGGUUGGGAUAUCACAGAGAUGUGCCAGACACAAGAGAUGCAAAGUGUAAAGAAAAAAGUUAUCCUCAUGAUCUGCCCUAUGCUAGCAUUAUAAUUUGUUUCUAUAAUGAAGCAUUCUCUGCCUUGCUUCGGACAGUGCAUAGCGUUUUGGACCGCACGCCAUCUGAUCUUCUCCAUGAAAUUAUCUUGGUGGACGACAGUAGUGAAUUAGUUGAUCUGAAAGAAGAAUUGGAUGCUUAUCUAACAAAAAAUCUUCCAAACAACAUAAAGCUAGUCAGAAAUGAGAAGCGAGAAGGGCUAAUUCGUGGGAGAAUGAUUGGAGCUUCCCAUGCUACAGGGAAGGUACUUGUGUUUCUGGACAGUCACUGUGAGGUGAAUGAGCUGUGGUUGCAACCUUUGCUGACACCCAUCCAGGAAUCACGGAAAACAGUGGUUUGUCCUGUCAUCGAUAUAAUCAGCGCUGACACGCUUACCUACAGCUCUUCUCCAGUUGUCCGUGGAGGGUUCAACUGGGGUCUGCACUUUAAAUGGGAUCUUGUUCCUUUGUCUGAACUGGAAGGCCCUGAGGGAGCCACUUCUCCAAUCAAGUCACCUACCAUGGCAGGAGGCUUGUUUGCAAUGGACAGAGAAUAUUUCAAUGAACUUGGACAAUAUGAUAGCGGCAUGGACAUCUGGGGAGGGGAAAACCUGGAAAUAUCAUUUCGGAUCUGGAUGUGUGGGGGCAAACUUCUCAUCAUCCCAUGCUCCAGAGUCGGACACAUCUUUCGUAAAAGGCGACCUUAUGGCUCCCCAGGCGGACAGGACACCAUGGCGCACAACUCUCUACGGCUAGCUCAUGUGUGGAUGGAUGAAUAUAAGGAACAGUAUUUUGCUCUGCGACCAGAAUUACGGACAAGAAACUAUGGGAAUAUUACUGAUCGUGUGGAGUUGAGAAGAAAGUUGAACUGCAAAUCGUUUAAGUGGUAUUUAGACAAUAUAUACCCAGAGAUGCAAAUUUCUGGAUCUAAUGCCAAAGUACAGCCGCCACUCUUUUUCAACAAAGGGCAAAAACGACCAAAAACAUUGCGACGUGGACGGCUGCUUCAUAUUCAGACAAAUAAAUGUCUUGCUGCCCAAGGCCAUCCAAGUCAAAAAGGAGGACAUGUUGUGGUCCGAGAGUGUGAUUACAAUGAUCAAAAUCAGGUAUGGCUUUACAAUGAAGAUCAUGAGCUGAUCCUAAACAAUCUCCUAUGCUUGGAUGUGUCUGAAUCUCGCACUUCUGAUCCACCACGCCUUAUGAAAUGCCAUGGAUCAGGAGGAUCUCAGCAAUGGGUGCUUGGGAAACAUAAUCGACUCUAUCAGGUGUCCGUUGGGCAAUGCAUGAAGGUAGCUGAUCCGCUUAGCCUCAAAGGAUAUGUGACCAUGGCAAUUUGUGAUGGCUCCCUCCCUCAGCAGUGGCGCUUUGAAAGCUGAGUGACAGUGAAGGCCCAUUUCCACAGUAGCCCAUAGAUGACCUUAUGGAGCCUGCAGUCCCUGCUGCUAUUUCUGAAACGGAACAGUUUGGGAAGAUUUUAGAAGCAAGCGGAAUAGGAGCUGUAGCAGCCAUGUGUCAAUCUCUACACACAUAGAAGUGCAAUUCAUGUAAGUUUUUUGCACUUUCCUGGCAAAUGUAGAUACUCUAAAUAGUUAGACCAUUCUAUUUAAUUAGGAAAGGAAAUUAAUAUUGAAUAUUUCCAAUAGUCAGAUGACUACCUUGUCUUUCCAGUACUUCUUGCACAAGUAUUACUGUACUAUUACUUUCUUUGUUUGGAUGAAUUAUUUUAACUGAUCUGGAAAAAGAAUAUUCAUUUUUAAACAAAUCUCUGUAUUUAAUUUUAAUUCAUUAAUUUUAACAUGUUAUAAAGUCAUUACAGAUUUUGAUGACUCUGGGCAGCAUCCAGAAUCAUGAAGUGGAAGUAUGUUUAUGCAGUGGGUCUCAUGCCUUCUCCCUGCUGCCCCCCUGUAUCCCAAACGCCUCCCCUGAAGAUCUGGGAAUCCUUAGGGAGGUAUGGGAAUGGGGGUUGCAGCAGUCGGGAACAAUUACUGGAAUUCAGGUAGGGACUGACUUGCAAUAGCAGAAGUGCCUUUUUGCUUGCGAAUCUUCAGGUGCCACCAUAUGAAAUUGGCAUUUUAAGAGCAAGUAUGGUACUUUUUCUGUUAUAAUCAGUUUCUGAGUGAAGAGGUCAAUAGAAAUGAUUAUGGUGCAAGAUGUAUGUAUCUCAAUACACUUGUGUUGACUUUUUAAUUUCUUCCUCUGGAUUGAAAGCAUUAAUUGCUGAUUUUUCCUUUAUUGGUUCAUUCAGCACUGGUUUAAAAUGCAGUUGCAUAAUAAACUUGUAAAAAUAUUUCAGGGUUAACAAUG